UAUCAGAUAACGUCGGGCGUACCGGUAACGUGUUACGACGCAGCAGCAGGCUACCUCUGUCCUCCGUGUUGCGUCCGAGUCAAGCGCAAACGCACUACCGAGCUUAGCAUAGGUAAAACAAACAAAAGUAUUAUACCUCGUGCCAUCGCCGUGCUCCAUAUUAUAGCGAGUGCCCAGUUAAUCAAUUAAACCUGGUGAGUACACUGGGAACCGACGGACGACCUCAUCUCUUUUGUCCGUAUCGACCGCUGGCGCCAAGACCAUCAUUGUUCCGUUUUCUUUGUCGCCAAUCGUCAAAAGGACGUUCGUCAAUCCGUCACAUCGAAUCAACCACUGAACCGCGGCUUGCAGUAUUCACAAGGCCCUUAUGGACGUUUCCAAUAACGUUUUUACAUUGUAAUAUACAAUUUAUGAAGAAAAUCAAUUUUGUUUCAAUCUCACUAAUAAAUUACAAUAAUUCACAAAUUGAUUUCAAAUAUUUUAUAUUAAAUCAAACCCUUUGAAAACCAAGAUUUGACAAUGUUCACCUUAGCAAAACUAUCAUAUUUUGAAUGUUACGAAUUUCAACAGUAUUGGUACAAUACCACACCAAAUAAUGUAAUUAAAUUUGAUAUCCGACAGUGUUGUGAAACUUUGAUGCACUACUUAAAAGGCGAUAGAAAAAUUAACCGUCGGUUGGAUACUAAGACAUGCUUCAUUGCUGCAGACGUUGGUCAUUUUGAUUGUUUACAGUUUGCUCACAAAAUAGGUUUUGCAUGGAACAAAGAUGUAUGUAUGGUUGCUGCAAAAAAUGGUGAUUUAGAUUCUCUAAAAUUUGCCCAUGAAAAUGGAUGUCCAUGGGAUAGAAGUAUAUGUUACACUGCAGCAAAACAUGGUAAUUUGGAAUGUUUAAAAUAUGCUCAUGAGAACAAGUGCCCUUGGGACAAAUAUACAUCUAACUGGGCAGCAAAUUGUGGCAAUUUUGAUUGUUUGGUAUAUGCGUUCAUUAAUGGUUGCCCCUGGGAUGAAAAAACAUGCAUGUUGGCUGCCUAUAAUGGAUAUAUUGACUGCCUAAAAUUUGCCCAUGAAAAUGGUUGUCCGUGGGGUGAAGACACAUGCAAAUGGGCUGCAAGUAGUGGGGAACUAGAAUGUUUAAUGUACGCUCAUAGUAAUGGUUGUCCCUGGACUAAAGAUACAUGUACCAAUGCUGCAACAAAGGGUAGACUUGAAUGCUUAAAGUAUGCACAUAUCAACGGGUGUGAAUGGGAUAAAAAAACAUGCUCUAUGGCUGCCGCUAAUGGAUAUUUAGAUUGUUUAAUGUAUGCUCAUGAAAAUGGGUGCCCGUGGGAUGAAUGUACAACAUUUUAUGCAGCCGAAAGUGGACAUUUAGAUUGCUUAAUUUAUUCUUUUACUAAUGGAUGUUUGUGCGAUGAUAAAACAUCUAGUGCUGCUGGUAGAAAUGGGCAUUUAGAUUGUUUAAAGUAUCUGCAUGAAAAUAAAUGUUCUUGGGAUUCAUUUUUGACAUAUGGAUCUGCAAAAAAUGGACAUAUUGAUUGUCUCCAAUAUGCCCAUGAGAACGGAUGUCCAUGGCAUUUAGAAACAUGUUACAUAGCUGCAUUGAAUGGCCACUUUGAAUGCCUAAGAUAUGCUCGAAAAAAUGGAUGCAUGUGGGAUGAAAAAACACGCGAAUGGGCUGCCAGUAAUGGAGAAUUUGAGGAUUGUUUUUAAUCCAUUCUUGAAAACCAGAUGGAAGAUUUUUAUUUUAUCCAAUAACUAGAUAUUUCAACCUUUUUUAGUAGCUACAUGAGUACCAUUAUGAAAACGUCAAAAUCUUUUACAUAUUACUUAUUUUAAUUAGUACAAUAACAAAAGAGUUCAGUAUUAUUUUUAAGUUUCUGUACUAUUUAAUAUUCUUUAAAGUUUAAAUCAAUAUAAUAAUAUUGUAUUCUUAAGUUUAAAUUAAUUUUUUUAUAUACAUUUAUGUAUCUAUCUAAAUAUAUUAAAAUUUAUAAAAAGUUA